AUGGAGUCGCUUAUCAAGUCCCAGCACGCUCAGCAAAUGGCGGGUCACAACGGUAAGACUCCGGCGACGGAGAUAAUACCGGCGACGACGGGGCUAACGAUGUCAUCGGACGAAAGCAUGAUGCUGAAACUGAUCCAACAUACUCACUCCCCUGAUGCUCGCGAAGUCCAAGUGCGUGGCCUUCUCUCUCUCGUUGAAGAUAUUCUCGAUCGUGCCACUCUUGACUCCGCUGACUCCAAUGCCUCCAUGCUUCCAUUGCCGACGGAGGAUAAACUGAUGGAAUCAAGCGUUAUGGGCGUUCUUGAUAACGUCUCCUACGCUAUCGAUCGCGUCGCCUGCGAGAUAGCCUACAAGUCUCUGACGGGAUCAGACGCACACGAGAUAACAAUGUCAGUGUUCGAACACCUCUCUAGCUUCCAUUGGGACGCCAAGCUCGUCCUGACUCUAGCUGCCUUUGCGUUGAACUACGGAGAGUUCUGGCUUCUGGUCCAGUUCUACUCAAAGAACCAGCUCGCCAAGUCCCUAGCUAUGCUGAAGCUAGUCCCUGUUCAGAACAGAGUCACCCUCGAGUCUGUGUCCCAAGGGCUCAACGAUCUCAUCCGAGAGAUGAAGAGCGUCACAGCAUGUGUAGUGGAAUUGAGCGAGUUACCUGAUCGGUACAUUACACUGGACGAUCCUCAGCUAUCGAGGAUCAUCUCUACAAUCCCUAUUGCUGUGUAUUGGACCAUAAGAAGCAUCGUGGCUUGCAUUUCCCAGAUCAACAUGAUCACUGCCAUGGGACACGAGAUGAUGAACACCCAAAUGGAUUCAUGGGAAACAUCGAUGUUAGCUAACAAGCUCAAGAACAUUCAUGACCAUCUCUCCGAGACCUUGAGGCUUUGCUACCGUCACAUAGAGAAGCAGAGGAGCUCAGAAUCCUUAAAGAUGUUGCAUUCUCUAUUCGACACCACUCACAUUGAUAACAUGAAGAUUCUCACGGCCUUGAUUCAUCCGAAAAACCACAUCACGCCAUUGCAAGAUGGUUUGACCAAGAGAAAGGUUCACUUGGAUGUGUUGAGGAGGAAGACAGUGUUGCUGCUCAUCUCUGACCUCAACAUAUUGCAAGACGAGCUGUCGAUUUUCGAGCAAAUCUACACAGAGUCAAGGAGGAACUUGUUGGGGAUGGAUGGUAAGAGCCAUAUGCCUUACGAGGUUGUGUGGGUCCCGAUCGUGGAUCCUAUCGAAGAUUUCGAGAGAUCUCCGGGUCUACAGAAGAAAUUCGAGGCUCUCCGUGCGCCUAUGCCAUGGUACACAGUGGAUAGUCCGAAGCUGAUAGAGAGACAUGUGGUGGAGUUUAUGAGAGAGAGAUGGCAUUUCAUGAACAAGCCCAUACUUGUUGUGAUUGACCCACAAGGCAACGAGGCUAGUCUCAAUGCGCUCCACAUGAUCUGGAUUUGGGGGACGGAAGCUUUCCCUUUCAAUAGGUCUCGCGAGGAAGAGCUGUGGAGGAGGGAAACUUUCUCGCUUAACCUCAUCGUCGAUGGCAUCGACUCUAUCAUUUUCAACUGGAUAAACCCGGACAAUUACAUUUUCUUGUACGGAGGGGAUGACUUGGACUGGAUAAGGAGAUUCACGAUGGCGGCAAAAGCUACGGCCAAAGAUUCCGACGUGAAGCUGGAGAUGGCUUAUGUGGGAAAACGAAACCACAGCCACAGGGAACAGAUCAGGCGGAUCAGCGAAGCAGUCAGGGCAGAAAAUCUGAGCCAUAGCUGGACCGAGCCUGCCUUGAUGUGGUUCUUCUGGACCAGGCUCGAGAGCAUGUUGUACUCCAAGAUUCAACUCGGUAAAGCCGAUGAUCACGACGAGGUGAUGCAAGGAAUCAAGAAGAUACUGAGCUACGACAAGCUUGGAGGAUGGGCACUGCUGAGCAAAGGACCUGAGAUAGUGAUGAUCGCUCACGGUGCCAUAGAGAGGACUGUGAGCGCCUACGACCGGACCUGGAAAACCCACGUCCCGACCAAAGGCUACACCAAGGCGAUGUACGACCACCACCACGACGAGAUUCUCCGCGAAACCGGAAAACCAUGCGGCCACUUUGAUUUCCACAUCACUGCUCGUAGCGGUCGGAUUCCGGAGAAGAUGAACUGCUUCGAGUGCCACCGUCCGAUGGAGAAGUACAUGACCUUCGCUUGUUGUCACGAUGAUAAGCUCCUUGACCAAGACGAGAACUACAACUUCUAA